UGACAUCAUCACGCGCGCGCUGACAGCCGAAGCCCCCCGGAGGUUUGAUGAAACUGUGGGAGCCUGAGCAACAUGACACACUUGAAUUAAAAUGCGCUUUUUAUGUGGAUAUGACAGCCGCCUUACAUGCCUACAUCAGCGGUUAUAAAGGGCGACCCAUUUGCCUCUGAGAAAAUGCCUUAUGGGAAACGCUAUCAUUCGAAUACAUUCCAGAAUUAGAGGACCAAGAAUAAGCUGCAUUUUCUAUGAAAACAUUUUGUACCCAAUCUGCUGGAGCAGACCUUUUUUGCAUCGCCAACCUGCCGUCCUCGUCUCCAGAAUCGCUUCACCGACCGUCCCGCAGGGCGACUGCCUAUCAUGAGAUUCCGAAUUUACAAGCGAAAGGUGGUAAUACUGACUCUAGUGGUGGUAAUCUGUGGAUUCGCCGUCUGGAAUAGUGGUAAGCCGAAGAAGGCAAGUGCCGUGUUUCCCAAGGAUCUGGAGACGGGUAAGCGUAGCAGCGCCGCUGGUCAAGUGCAGGUAACUAUACCAGUUACCCGAAAACCCGUCAACGAGACUCUACCGGAAAAACAACAAGUAGUCGCCAAGCCCGAAGUAGAUAACACGACUCUCGUGUACAGAGGGAUCGUGUUUCAGGUCAACUUUGACCAGACCCUAAAAAACGAGGAAAAGUUUCACAACGUGCGCCAGAAGGACGACCUUGUCGUCGUCAUUCAGGUUCACAACCGCCCCGAAUACCUACGGCUUUUGGUGGACAGCUUGAGAAAAGCGAAAGGAAUUGAGAAAGUCUUGCUGAUAUUCAGCCAUGACUUCUGGUCUCUGGAAAUCAACCAGAUAGUCGCGUCUGUCGACUUCUGUUUGGUCCUUCAGAUAUUCUUCCCCUUUAGCAUCCAACUUUAUCCUCAAGAGUUCCCCGGGAAUGAUCCCAGAGAUUGCCCUCGAGACCUUUCAAAGAAAGAUGCCUUAACGUUAGGCUGUAUAAACGCAGAGUACCCGGACUCUUUCGGACACUAUCGGGAAGCCAAGUUCUCGCAGACCAAACAUCAUUGGUGGUGGAAGUUGCACUUUGUGUGGGAUCGAGUCCGAGUGUUGAAGGAUCACCAAGGAUUUUUGUUGCUCAUCGAAGAGGACCACUACCUCGCUCCCGACUUUCAACACCUUCUCAAAAUGAUGGUGUCCCUAAAGAAAGAACAGUGUCCUGACUGCGAUAUCUUGUCUCUGGGAAGCUACGGACACACCGGCUACUCCAGCAAAGCCAACAAAGUGGAGGUGAAAGCAUGGAAGUCCACCGAGCACAACAUGGGAAUGGUGUUGAACAGAGAUACGUACCAGAAACUCCUCAGAUGCACUGAUGCCUUCUGCACCUACGACGACUACAACUGGGAUUGGUCGUUGCAAUACCUUACCGUGGCUUGUUUGCCCACGUUCCUGAAGGUCAUGGUGAGCGAGGCGCCUCGCAUUUUCCAUGCCGGCGACUGUGGCAUGCACCACAAGAAGUCGGCUUGCAUGCCGACCAGCCAGAAGACAAAGAUCGAGAACAUUCUCCAGAGCAGCGGGAACCAGUUGUUCCCAAAACAGCUGCUCAUCACAAAGAGACUCCCUUCUUCUGGAGCCAAAGGACUGGCUCCUCACGUCAAAAACGGAGGUUGGGGAGACAUCAGGGACCAUGAACUCUGCAAGAGCUACCUUCGAUUACAGUGACUUUAUAUUCUCUCCUUUUUGUUGUUUUUGCAUCCUCUAAUGAAAGCCUUUAAGAGUUCUUUAUGGACUACUUCUUAUUGCCUGUUUUAUUGAAAUAUUCCAAAUAAAAAAAAAGAAAGUAUAUGUGACGUUUGGAUUUGGUGGUUAUGAGCAUCAUUGAAGUAUUAUCACUGGGAAAAAAAGUGUUAUUGUUGUCACUCUUAUAUCUAUUAUUAAAGACUAGCAUUUUUGUGCCA